UUUUGCGAACAGUUGUUUUAUAAAUACGAACAUAAACAUACGAACACACAGUAUAUUUUCAUAUUAUACCCGUUUAUUCUUCAUCAAAGAGAUAGUUUUCAAAUAAAAUUUAGUUACUCUAGGCCCCCGAAUGUAUAAAAAUGUUUAUUAUUCUGUCAACUUUUUUAGUGAUCUGUGUUAACGGUAAUAACGGAGCAAGGCCUGCACACAUAGACAUCAACAGAAUCAAAAUUUUGGCCAACGAAGUUCCUGCACCGCCAAGCCAUUACCGGCGGUCCUUGAGCACAAAUGAUUACGAUGAUCAUAGCGGCAGGCACCCCCUGCUGUACCCGCCACUGCCACAGGCCUCCGAGGCGAAGGCCGAAGCCGAAGCCCUCAAAAUCCACCAGCCCAAGGAAGACCCCAAGCUGUAUUAUCAAUCUGAAGCAUACCUUAAAGAAAUUAAUCAAAAAAAUUAUGUGAACGACGUGUCCCAUGUCUAUCCCGGCAGAGAAGUUAUAAGAGCGAAUGAAGCGCCUUUGCCGCUGAUGAAACAUGACAUGAGGCGACUGCUGCGGCAAGGUAGUGAGCUAUGCAUAAAAUGCCCUUCUGAUAGGACACUCGUCGCGAAACCGGGCUCAGAUCGCGUACGGGUGAUGCAUCCACAUUUAACUACGUGCCUAGGCAGAAAAGCGCCGAAAAGCGUUCGAUUUGAACACAUCUAUGGACCAAGAUAUGGCUCGCUGGUGAAGGAGGGAACGCACAUCAUUGUUGGCCGAAUAAUGCACAAGCAAGAUGUGCUGCAGCGCUGUAAAAUGGUUAUUCACGUGAUUGUCCAAAGCUGUCCGGUACCGAAAUAUUUGAAAUUACACUGUUCUGAACACAAUAGUACCUGCCAAUUCUCAUGUCGUAAUCGCACCCUAGAGCUUCAUGGCGCGAGCCAAUUGAGGUGUAACGAAGAGGAUAAAAAGUGGAAUGGCAUCCUUCCUACCUGUUCAGCAGCUCCAAAAGGGUGUCGUCCCUUGCCACCGCCUGAUCAGGGACACGUCAGCUGCAAAGGGAACACAGAUGAGCUUUCAUGGUUGAAAGAAGGAUCGAGAUGUCGCCUCCGAUGCCCUGCUGGCUGGAGGUGGUUCCCGCGGAGCGUGGCAAUAUGCCGUCGUGGAAAAUGGACCAACAGCCUACAGUGCCAGCCGAAACAUAAAAGAUACUAACUAGGGUUCUGAAUUUCUGAUUAACAUUCGUACAGCGGGGCUAAAAUGGUCACAUUUAGCAAUUCCU